AUGUCUGGCCUAUCUGUAGAACUCACGGCGCCUAAUGGCCGGAAAUACAGUCAGCCUCUAGGCUUGUUCAUCAACAACGAGUUUGUCGCCGCAAAAUCCGGUCAGACGAUCGUAUCUAUCAACCCGACAGAUGAGACGGACAUUGCCACUGUGCAUGCUGCCGGCGCCGAGGAUGUAGAUAUCGCCGUCAAGGCAGCUCGCACAGCAUUCAAGGACCCCUCAUGGAAGGAUUUGUCCGGCUCCGACAGAGGACGGAUGAUGGUCAAGCUGUCAGAGCUCGUCGAGCAACAUGCCGAAACUUUGGCCACCAUUGAAACAUGGGAUAACGGAAAGCCAUAUUCUAUCUCCCUGGGCGAUGAUGUCUCGGAGGUUGUCUCGGUCUUGAGAUACUAUGGCGGGUUUGCAGACAAGAUAGAAGGCAGGACAAUUAGUACAACUGCCAACAAGUUCGCCUACACGUUACGCCAACCCAUUGGCGUUGUAGGUCAGAUCAUUCCGUGGAACUUCCCGCUCGCAAUGGCUGCCUGGAAGUUGGGACCAGCCUUGGCCUGUGGAAACACGGUCAUCCUCAAGGCGGCAGAGCAAACCCCUCUAAGCAUAUUAUAUCUUGCAGGGUUGGUGAAGGAAGCAGGAUUCCCUCCUGGCGUCGUCAACAUCUUGAACGGAUACGGUAAAGAAGCCGGAGCUGCCAUUGCAUCCCACACCGACAUCGACAAGGUCGCCUUCACCGGGUCUACGAACACAGGCCGUGAAAUCAUGAAGAUGGCCGCGGUUAAUUUGAAGAAUAUCACCCUCGAGACUGGUGGCAAGUCGCCACUGCUUGUCUUUGACGAUGCGGAUAUUGACCAGGCUGCAAAAUGGGCUCACACUGGUAUCAUGUAUAACAUGGGUCAAGUCUGCACAGCCACCUCUCGUCUGCUGGUCCAAGAGGGAGUUUAUGACCAAUUCGUAACAAAAUUCAAGGAGGCCAUUGCUACGACGAGCAAGAUUGGUGAUCCAUUUGCAGAGGACACUUUCCAGGGCCCCCAGGUGACCAAGGCCCAGUACGACCGUGUGCUUUCAUAUGUCAAGACCGGCAAAUCCGAAGGUGCAACACUUUGUACCGGAGGUGUACCACAUAAGAACGUUGGUAACGGCAAGGGUUACUUCAUCGAACCAACGGUCUUCACCAAUGUCACGGACAACAUGAAAAUCUACCGUGAGGAAGUGUUUGGUCCCUUCGCCGUGGUCACCAGCUUCAAGACGGAGGAGGAAGCGCUCACCAAGGCAAACGAUACCACCUACGGCCUGGGUGCGGCGGUAUUUACCCAGAACAUCGAGCGUGGUCACCGUGUAGCCAGCGGCAUCGAAGCUGGCAUGGUCUGGAUUAACAGCAGCAACGACAGCGAUUUCCGCGUUCCAUUCGGUGGCGUCAAGCAGUCCGGCGUAGGCAGGGAACUCGGCGAAGCAGGCCUUGAGGCUUACUCUCAAGUCAAGGCUGUCCAUCUCAACAUGGGGACCAGGCUGUAA